CACUCAUUUGCAUAUCCUGACAGUACGCGCCGAUGAUAGAACUGGUACAGAACAGGAUACGAACGUCGCAGUUUUUUUUACUACGGUGAAACACAUUGCAUCAGUGUAUAGCAGCAUAGAAGUAACUAUAUUUCAUCGCCAGUUGAUCGCGGGGAAUAUUUUCUGUUGUUCCCCGAGUUUCACGCAGGCAACAUGACUGCCGAGAUUGACAAAUCUACACCACCGAAGGAGACCCGCUCGGGUCAAGCACCCACCCUCAAAAUGGACUUCGCGUUUGAAAAUGAGGAGCUGAAAGUGGCGUUUGAUGAUAUGUGUCCGGUGUGUGGUGACAAAGUCUCCGGCUAUCACUACGGACUCUUGACCUGUGAAAGCUGCAAGGGUUUUUUUAAACGGACAGUGCAAAAUAAGAAAGUAUAUACAUGUAUUGAGAACCGCAACUGCGUUAUUGACAAAACACAGAGGAAGAGGUGUCCAUAUUGCAGGUUCCAAAAGUGUCUCAAAGUCGGCAUGAAGUUGGAAGCCGUUCGACCUGACAGAAUGAGAGGUGGACGAAACAAGUUCGGGCCAAUGUAUAAACGUGACAGAGCUAUGAAACAACAGCAACGUAACCGUGUUAUGGUAUCUACCCGGCCACUCAAUGUUCCAGGCAACCCCGAAAUCUCAAACGCAAUCCGAAACAUCCAAGCCGCAGCUGCAGCUAAAAACUGCACGCAGUCAUCGGUAGCUCCCCAGCCAGCUAUGGUUAUCCGCGACCCACUUAACACACCAAAACCUACCUUAUCCGACAUCCCAAGACCGGUGGCUUCGAUACCUGUAUCGUACGGUUAUGAUGUUACGGGCGGAGUGAGCCAACUUAUGGGAUCAAUGUCUGGCCCACUGAUGAGCGAGCCCAAAUCAACGUACAGCGCAGCCGUACCAAAUCCGAUCAAGGUAGAACCAGACCAGACACCCAGGCUCAUUACAGAAAUGGUCCGAUCCGAACCCGAUUACAAGCAACUUCAGGCCAAGAUCAGGACGUGUCUUCAAAGUCAAAUGGAGAUGAACGGACCGACGGAUUAUUUCGGAAUGGCCUGCAAGUUGGCUGACCAGACGUUGUUUGCAUUCGUUGAUUGGGCGCGGAAUAGCAUGUUCUUCAAAGACCUCAAGGUUGAGGACCAAAUGAAACUCUUACAAAAUGCUUGGAGUGAGCUAUUGGUGAUAGACCAGUGUUACCGCCAAGUUGAAUCCAAUGUGGAGGAAAUGAUACUCGUAACCGGGGAAGUAUUGGACGUGGCCAAGCUUCGGAUGUAUGGGCUGGGAGAUAUCGUCGAUCGCAUGACAGAGAUCAUCAAGAGAAUGAAAGAGUUGAAAAUGGACAGGAAAGAAUUUAUGUGCCUCAAGUUUUUGCUUCUGUUAAACCCCGAUGUGCCGGGUCUCCAAGACAACCACGCAAUUCGUCAGUUUCAGGAACAAAUACACGCCGCUCUCCUGGAUUACACCAUGUCCAAUUACCCUGAAGUCACGGAGAAAUUCGGCCAGUUGUUGCUAAGGUUACCGGAAAUUCGCCAAAUAAGCCUUCAAGGGGAAGAAUAUCUUUACUAUAAGCAUCUCAGUGGGGAAGUGCCGUACAACAGUUUACUCAUGGAAAUGCUACACAGUAAGCGAAAAUGACUGGAAAAUUGAGAAAGACUUUAUGUUGGACUUGCACUUUAAGUGCGGACCCUCUAUGAUUCAACAAAAGGGACAAUGAAUCCAUCUCUUGUGGGCUUCCGAGCCGAGAUGUUUACGCAGGUUUCUGUACCUUGACGGUGAUACAAGAUUAUGCAGGUGAUAAGAUAUAAAACUUGAGGCCAGUAAGUCUGUCUGGUUAAACUUCCCCCACCAUACGAAGAAAUAAGGACGAAUUCGAUGGAAUUGAACACCCCAACUCUACGGUUGUUAGUUCUGUGUGCGUGCCACCAAUAGCGUUGGCUUUCAAAUCGUUUUUUUGUGGGACAUUAAUUUUCCCACACCAAACAUUGUUUCCAAAUACGCAACUUUUCCAUCAUCACAGGACAGCCAGAGCUGACACAUUUUAAUAUUCAAAAUGAUUCUGUUAGGUAUUACUAAUUAUUUGGCUUCUAUCAUUUUUAUAGGCAGGUGUUCAACAGUUUAAAUGGUAAUUUUUAGACUUUUUUUUGCAAUUUUAAUCCCUGGCUAAGUACCUGGCAGUAUUUAUAUUUUUAAAUGAAGAUGUCGAACUCAAAUUAAUUUUAGCUUUUUUCUGCAAUGAUUUUAAAAUUAAAAAUGAAUACAGGGACAGUUUUAACGGUUUGAAUGAAUGACCAAAACGUCCCCAUCCUAUUGCUUGCUUGCUUCCUUGCUUGAGUAGUGUUUAGUCUUUGAUUCGAAAUGUAUCAGUUAGUGAAAUCGUUUUUCUGAGAAAUGUGUUGUCAUGGUUGUACAUUGUUUAAACGUCUGGCCAGAACAGUCUCGUCACUUUUUACAAUUGAUGAACAACAGCCAUGUUUUUUAAAGUCAAAAUGGCUGCGGUUAGCACUGCGCAGUCGUGUGUGCGCAUUACGUCAUACUUUUUACUAUAACGACGACGACGACACACGUAAUGCUCACAGAUAUCUAGUAUGUGAGAGUACAUAACUACAAUUCAUAGUUUGGGAUUUUAAACGAGAGAAAAGUUUCAUAAUUAGUAUAUGAAAUUCAAAACUUGGCGUCGUUUGUAUAUAAAUAUAUAUAUAUAUAUCUUCUUAUUCGACUGAUAGCUGCUCUGUUUUCUCCAGUCAAAUGCAAUUUUUAUAUUAAAUAUAAACAAAUAUGAAACACUCAAAAUUCGGAUGUUUUUUUUUUUUUUACAAAAUGAGGGUAAUUCUCCCAAAAGUCGCACAUUAAUAAGUCUUCGCUUCAUCGCUGUACAUUGAAUGCUUGCAAGUAAUUGGCGCGCUUUUGUAAAUUUCGCUAAGUCGCUAAUAACGGAACUCCAGAGCAGCUAUCAGGCCGUUGUUUUCAACGAACUCAGUGACUUUUUUUUACAGAAUUUACUGGUGUCACGAACGCCCACUAUACGAGCAUACCUCAGAUCUCACUGUUUGUUGUCAGUGCUUGGCACAUUUCUAUUGGGUGACUUAAUUCAACUCUAUGUACAUUUGUUUCUGCAGAGCCGGGUCAUCAUGGCCGGACUAAUAAAAUACGUCAAACAUUUAAAA